UUUUCGUUUAAACUUGUUAAUUUGAGGGGUAGUUUUGCAGAUAUUGAUAUGUGACGGGUGAUUCUACAAAUCCCAUGAUUGUAAGGAGUCUAUGUGCAAAUAACCCCCAAGUUUAACAGACCCCGCCUCGAACAGACCCGUACUUCUUCCCUCCAAAACCUGCACGAACAGAACGAAGCAAAAAAAAACAAAAAAAAAAAACAAAUCAUGCAGAGAUCAACUUUCUUCCCUGUUUCCCCCUCCUCCUCUUUCCUCCUCCAUCCUCGCAAAUUCAAACCCAAACUCCCUCCUCAUCAGUCAACCGGACUCUCUCCAAUCUCCACUCUACAAUGCCCACAACCCGUUCGACAAAAUCCCCCACCGACCUCUGCCUACAUCCACCUCCCCUUCUGCCGCCACCGCUGCCACUACUGUGACUUCACCAUCAUAGCCCUCGGCAACCUCUCUCCCUCACCUGAAAAUGACCCGAGAAUCUCCAAUUACGUCCACCUCCUCCUCCGUGAAAUCCAGUCCACCCGCUCCCGUCCAAACCCUCACCCUCCUCUCCAAACCCUCUUCUUUGGUGGGGGCACUCCCUCUCUCAUCCCCCCGAAACUCCUCUCCUCAGUCCUAGAUGUAAUUUCAUCAAAAUUUGGCAUAAGCCCGGAUGCUGAAAUCUCUAUCGAAAUGGACCCAGGUACUUUUGAUAAGAAAAAAUUAGAUGAAAUUGUGGGAUUGGGGGUGAAUAGGGUGUCGUUGGGAGUGCAGGCAUUUCAAGAGGAGAUGUUGAGGGGAUGUGGGAGAGCUCAUGGGGUGAAGGAGGUGGAGGAGGCGGUGGAGAUGGUGAAUGGGUGUGAUGGGUUGGAGAAUUGGAGCUUGGACUUGAUAUCGUCUUUGCCGUAUCAGAGGGAGGAAAUGUGGAGGGAGAGCUUGCGGAGGGCGGUGGAGGCGGGGCCCACACAUGUCUCAGUUUACGAUCUGCAGGUUGAGAAGGGGACCAAGUUCGCGCAUCUGUACACUCCGGGAGAAUUUCCUCUACCAACAGAAACCCAAUCCGCAGACUUCUACAGAAUAGCAUCAGAAACCCUCACCAACGCGGGAUAUGACCACUACGAGAUCAGCAGCUACUGCAAGGGUGGCUACGAGUGCAGCCACAACCUCGCAUACUGGCAAAACAAACCCUUCUAUGGAUUCGGUCUAGGAUCCACAAGCUACGUUGAUGGAGUCAGAUUCUCAAGGACAAAAAGACUCAAAGACUACACAAACUACGUCCUAAAGUUAGAAAACGAAGAGGUAGAAAAGAGUAAAAAUUUGAUUGUGGAAGCUAAGGAUAUGGCUAUGGAUGUUGUUAUGUUGUCUCUUAGAACGGCGAGGGGUUUGGAUAUGUGUAUGUUUGAGAGGUCUUAUGGAAAGGAGCUAGCGUCAGCAUUGUAUGAGGCUUUUAGGCCAUAUAUUGAGAGUGGGCAUGUGAUUGUUAUGAAUGAGGAUAGAAGGAGAUUGGGGAUUGAGGAGUUUGAGAUGAGGAAGGAGGAGGUUGGUUUUCUUAGGUUAAGUGAUCCUGAUGGAUUUUUGUUGUCGAAUGAGUUGAUCUCUAUUGCAUUUGGGGUUAUAUCUCCCUGAGAGAGAGACUUUUGUAUUGACUUAUCAUAUUUUAUUGUAUGUAUUUCAAAUUUGUAUUAGUUGUUC